GGUGCCAUCAAUGGCGAAAUGAAUAAAGUGAGCUGACAGCUCGUCGACAACGUCGGCCAUCUUGUAAAACAUCUUUCUUUUCCGGCGUACAGUCUUAUAGUGCGGACCUGUGAAUUAAUAUUUACUAAAUUUCACAAUGGCUGAAGUAGAAGAACAGCAAUUCGAAACUUUUGAUGAGCAGCCAGCUGCUGAAGAACAACAAUUUGACCAAGAGGCUGAAGCUGAAGCUUUGGCAUACGCCACAGCAGCUGAACUUCCAGAAAUCAAAUUGUUCGGACGAUGGAGCUGCGACGAUGUUCAUGUAUCAGACAUGUCAUUAGCUGAUUACAUCGCUGUUAAAGAGAAGUACGCACGUUAUUUGCCACAUUCAGCUGGUCGUUAUGCUGCAAAACGUUUCCGUAAAGCACAAUGCCCAAUCGUUGAACGAUUGACCAAUUCAUUGAUGAUGAAAGGUCGUAACAACGGUAAAAAAUUGAUGGCUGUUCGUAUUGUGAAGCACGCCUUCGAAAUUAUCUACUUGUUGACUGACAAAAACCCACUCAGCAUUCUUGUGGCUGCCAUCAUCAACUCUGGACCACGUGAAGAUUCAACACGUAUUGGUCGUGCUGGUACCGUUCGUCGUCAAGCUGUUGAUGUGUCACCAUUGCGUCGUGUCAACCAAGCUAUUUGGUUGCUCUGCACCGGUGCACGUGAAGCUGCAUUCCGUAACAUCAAAUCCAUUGCUGAAUGUUUGGCUGAUGAAUUGAUCAACGCCGCCAAGGGUUCAUCUAACUCAUACGCCAUUAAGAAGAAAGACGAAUUGGAACGUGUUGCUAAAUCAAAUCGUUAAACAUACAAACUACCACACAUACACUUUAUUACGCAUUUUACAAUGUUCUUCGUUGAUUUACAUUGUCUGAAGAAUUUUUUUUGCGUUAAUAAAAACAAAUAAUUGAAAACAAAGAUAAAAAAAAAUCAUGAAACAA